AGUCCUGAGGGCACCCUAGUCUCAUCCAUCUGAGUGUGCAGCCAUGCCCUCCACCCUCACAGCCCUGCUCUGCCUCGGGCUAAGUCUGAGCCUCAGGACCCACGUGCAGGCAGGAACCCUCCCCAAACCCAUCAUCUGGGCUGAACCAGACUCUGUGAUAACCCAGGGAAGCCCCGUGACCAUCUGGUGUCAGGGGACACUGGAUGCCCAGGAAUACCUACUGCGUGCACAGGGAAUGUUCUGGGACAAACAGAAACCACUGGAUCCUCCGAACAAGGCCAGGUUCAACAUUGACUAUAUGACAGAGCACUAUGCAAUGGGAUAUCACUGUAACUAUCACACCCCUGCUGGAUGGUCAGACCCCAGUGACAUACUGGAGCUGGUGGUGGCAGGAGUCUUCAGCAAACCCACCCUCUCAGCCCUGCCAAGCCCUGUGGUGACCUCAGGGGAGAAUGUGACCCUUCAGUGUAGGUCUGAGAGACUUGGCAAGUUUACUUUGAUCAAGGAAGGAGAACCAAAGCUCUCCUGGACACUGGACUCACAGCCUCUCUCCAAUGGGCAGUUCCAGGCCCUGUUCCCUGUGGGCCCUGUGAUUCCAGGGCACAGGUGGAUGUUCAGAUGCUAUGGCUAUUACAGGAACACACACCGUGUGUGGUCAGAGCCCAGUGACCCCCUGGAGCUCAUGGUCUCAGUCACUCACACCCAAGGCCUGGGCAGCUUCCUGGAGAUUCUGAUUGGAGUGUCAGUGGCCUUCAUCCUGCUGCUCUUCCUCGCCCUCUUUCUCCUCCGACACUGGCAUCAGGGCAAACACAAGUUAUUGGCCCAGAGAGAGGCUGAUCUCCCAUGUCCUAUGAGUACUGUGGAAUCAGAGCCCAAGGGCAGAGGCCUGCAGCAGAGGUCCAGUGCAGCUGCUAACGUCCAGGAAGAAAAUCUCUCAGAUGCUGCCAUGGAGGACACUCAGCUAGAAGACAGAGUGGAGCUGGGCAGUCGGGCUGCUGCAUCUGAUGACCCCCAGGAUGUGACCUAUGCCCAGUUGCGCAGGUUGACCCUCAGACAGGAGACACCUGAACCUCCUUUGUCCCAGGAAGGAGACACUCCUGCGAAGCCCAUUGUGUAUGCUGCUCUGGCCUUCAGCUAGCCCAGGAGGGACCAGACCCCACACUGCAUGGAAGAAGACUCAGGGACUGGGAAGGCCCAGGACUGUCCCAGUGUACAGAAACUAGUAACCCCCAGCCUGGACCUCUAACAAUCACUACCAGGACGUUGAGGGAUCUUUUGGUAGUCAGCUGAUUAUGCAUCAAAGAUAAAUAAUAUCCACAUCUAUAUUUUGCAAAUAAAAACUUCUCAAUAAUCAAUGCAUUAAAAGAGAAAUCAAAAUAGA